CGGACGCACAUCUAACCGCGCAUGCGUGGUUCGGAGACGGACUCUGCGGACCUUCUCCUCUCCCACGAGCCUCCGGUGUCGGUCUCCGUGUCUCCGGGAGAAAUGCUGAGACUGUUGGUGAAGCAGCAAGUCCACGCGGCUUCUGGAGACACGUUGGGGCUGAUUGACAGAUUAAUCUCAGAUUAUGAGGAGGACGUUUCUCCUUUUAGAGAACAUGAGCGACACAGAUCAGGAGAAAUGCUGAGACUGUUGGUGAAGCAGAGACUCCAGGCGGCUUCUGAACACACUCUGGGGCUGAUUGACAGAUUCACAGCCGAUUAUGAGGAGGAAGUUUCUCGUUUGAGGGAAAAUGAGCGACGACACAAACUCCUGGAGGCCGUGUUCAACCCUCGAGUUCAGCUGCACAGAUCAGAUGUCCAGCAGCUGGUUUGGAUUAAACCAAAUGUCCCCCCUGAGGACCCGGAGCCCCUUCAAAUAAAAGAGGACCCAGAGCCCCUCCUCAUAAAAGAGGAGCUGCAGGAUCUCUGGACCCGUCUAGAGGGAGAUCAGCUCAUUGUGCUGGAGGAGGCCGAUAUCACCAAGUUCUUAUCCACUGCUGUUACUGUGAAGAGUGAAGAUGACGAACCUCAGACCUCACGGCUUCAUCAAAGCCAGACGGAGGACAACAAAGAGGCGGAGCCUCCCGCCUGCAGCUCAGCUACGACAAUACAGACGGAAACUGAUGGAGAGGACUGUGGGGGAUCAGGACCAGACAGGAACCUAAAUCCACAUCGUCAUUCACAUCCAAAUGCUGAUGAUGAAGAGGCUUCAGACUCUUCUGAGACUGAGGUCAGUUGUGGUGAUUGGCAAGAAGCUUUGUCAGAUUCUGGACCUGACAGUGAAGACGGGGACAAUGUCUGGAAGGAGCCCAGGGCACCUGAGUCUGCUGCACAUGCCCUGAAAUAUAAGGAAGCUCUUGUAAGUCAGGUGGGAUGUAACACCGGCAACAAAUCCAAUGAAUCACGAUCAAAAGAGCUCAUGAGAGAGAAAGCAUUCAGGUGUGAUGAUUGUGGGAAAAGAUUUACACAACAGGGAAAUCUGACGAAUCACAUUGGAGUCCACACAGGAGAGAAACCAUUCAGUUGUGAUGAUUGUGAGCAAAGAUUUACACAACAGGGAGCUCUGAAGCGACACAUGAGAGUCCACACAGGAGAGAAACCCUUCAGUUGUGAUGUUUGUGGGAAAAGAUUUACAGAACAGGGAAAUCUGAAGACACACAUGAGAGUCCACACAGGAGAGAAACCAUUCAGUUGUGAUGUUUGUGGGCAAAGAUUUACACACCAGGGACAUCUGAAGGAUCACAUGAGAGUCCACACAGGAGAGAAACCAUUCAGUUGUGAUGUUUGUGGGCACAGAUUUACACAACAGGGAGCUCUGAAGCGACACAUGAGAAUCCACACAGGAGAGAAACCAUUCAGUUGUGAUGUUUGUGGAAAAAGAUUUAUACACCGGGGACAUCUGAAGACACACAUUAGAGUCCACACAGGAGAGAAACCAUUCAGUUGUGAUGUUUGUGUAAAAACGUUUGUAUCACAGCAAGGUCUGAAGAAACACAUGAGAGUCCACACAGGAUAGAAUGUGUUUCUUCCAAUAGCGACAAAUUAACUAUGUGAGUUGUUCUCUUUAUGUUGUGUUUCAUAAAAAUAAGGUAACAUUUUUUUCAUUGUUUCCCAUGUAAUUUGUUUGUAAAUGAGAUGGAAGACAGUGUUUUUUUAAUCAUUUGAUAAAUCUUUAUUAAAAACAAUAACAACA